GCUAACCAACGGCUAUACCCGCCGGGUUAACCCGGCGGUUGCAACUCGGUUCCAAACCGGGCCCUGACCCGGCGGGUCAACCCGCCGGGUCAUGGGUUGGGGUUUCCCCAAACCGGCCCGGCCCGUCUUGUUUUGGACGGCCCGUGCCCAGAUGUUACACAUCACGUGCGGACGAAAACAAACGGCUGUGAUACAUCGAGGUCAUCAUCGAACAAGAUGGACGGUGGCGGGGACCCACAAAACGACCAAGUCGGCGGCCAGCAACAUCACCGCUAAGAUCUCCACAGCCAGUCAAUCAAUCCACGUGGCAUUCACACAGUGAAUCGGAGGCCCGCCCUCAGUGCAAGGGCAACCGACAUCUGUCCACUUGAUUCCCGGCGUUCCCCGUCACCACCUCUCUUGGGUAUUUAUACAAACACCUUCAGUGCAACUCCCAAACUACACACAAUGCCGAUCAACAAGAUCGCCAUCGGAGCUCCGGCAGAGGCAAGCCACCCUGACACUCUCCGCGCCGCCCUAGCCGAGUUCAUCUCCAUGCUCAUCUUCGUCUUCGCCGGUGAAGGCUCUGGAAUGGCUUUCAGCAAGCUAACGAAUGAGGGGGCGACGACGCCGGCGGGGCUGGUUGCGGUGGCAGUGGCGCAUGCGUUCGCGCUGUUCGUGGCGGUGUCGGUGGGGGCGAACAUCUCCGGUGGGCAUGUGAAUCCGGCUGUGACGUUCGGAGCGUUGAUCGGUGGAAAUAUCACGUUUUUUAGGGCGAUGUUGUAUUGGAUCGCUCAGUUGCUUGGAUCGGUAGUCGCGUGCUUGCUUCUCAAGUUCGCCACCGGCGGCAUGGAAACAGCAGCGUUCGCGCUGGCGGCGGACGUGAGCGCAUGGAGGGCGGUGGUGCUGGAGAUGGUGAUGACCUUCGGCCUUGUCUACACCGUCUACGCCACCGCGCUGGAUCCCAAGAAGGGUGACAUCGGCGUGGUGGCACCAAUAGCCAUUGGCUUCAUCGUCGGUGCUAACAUCCUCGCCGGCGGCGCUUUUGACGGCGCGUCCAUGAACCCAGCUGUCUCGUUUGGGCCGGCGCUCGUGAGUGGCACGUGGGAUAACCACUGGGUUUACUGGCUUGGUCCGUUCGCCGGAGCGGCGGUGGCGGCGCUUGUUUAUGACUUGGUUUUUAUUGGCCAGAGAACCCAUGAACAACUCCCUGUUGUGGAUUAUUGAAAGAGAUUUCAUGUUUUGUUUGCAUGUCUCUCUUUUGCUUAAUUUCUUGUCUUUUAUUAUUAUUAUUUUUUUUUAUUAAUGUUCCUUUUGAGUUAGUGUUUAAUGAAAGUUAUGGGUUUGGUAUUUUAA